AAAAGUAAAAUAAUGACGCCGAUUGCCAACCAAAAAUGAUUCAAAGUUUGGACUUUUGGAAACUUUUCUUCUCUCCAGGCCACGCACAGAGACUGUCACCUCCCACAAAUAUUCUCUCUUUCUCUCACUACCCUCAUUUUUCAGCAUCAGAAUUUGUAACUAGCAGAGAGAAUGUCGGGUGGCGGCACACAGAGCAGUUUAAGAAAAACUCUUGGAGCUCUUAAAGAUACCACCACUGUCAAUUUGGCGAAAAUAAAUAGUGACUACAAGGAAUUAGACAUUGCCAUUGUUAAGGCAACAAAUCAUGUUGAGCGCCCUGCAAAGGAGAGACACAUAAGAGCCAUCUUUGCAGCUAUAUCGGCUACUAGGCCUCGAGCUGAUGUAGCAUACUGUAUACAUGCCCUUGCUAGACGAUUGUCAAAGACUCAUAACUGGGCGGUUGCCUUGAAAACUUUGAUUGUUAUCCAUCGUGCAUUGAGAGAAGUGGACCCCACAUUUCAAGAAGAAAUUAUAAAUUAUGGUAGGAGUCAAAGUCAUCUCCUUAACAUGGCUCAUUUUAAAGAUGACUCCAGUCCAAAUGCAUGGGAUUAUUCUGCCUGGAUACGAUCCUAUGCAUUAUUUUUGGAGGAGAGACUGGAAUGCUUCCGGGUGCUGAAAUUUGAUGUGGAGACAGAUCAUCCGAGAACAAAAGAUUUGGACACUCCGGAGUUGCUUGAGCAGUUACCAUCGUUGCAGCAACUUCUAUUCCGUGUCAUCGGCUGUCAGCCACAAGGGGCAGCAGUUCACAAUUUUGUCAUUCAGUUGGCCCUUUCCAUGGUUGCUUCGGAAAGUGUUAAAAUUUACAAUGCAAUAAGUGACGGUACAGUUAAUUUGGUUGACAAGUUUUUUGAGAUGCAACGGCACGAUGCUCUUAAGGCUUUGGAUAUAUAUCGGAGAGCUGGGCAGCAGGCUGAGAGAAUGUCAGAGUUUUACGAAGUAAGUAAAAACCUUGAUGUUGGACGUGGAGAAAGAUUUAUCAAGAUUGAACAGCCUCCUGCAUCGUUUUUACAAGCUAUGGAGGACUAUGUGAGAGAAGCACCACGAUCUUCCCCAGCUCGCAAAAAUUUGGCUGAUGAUAAGGCCAAGGUGAUCUUGCCCAUAGAGUAUAAUAAAAAGAAUUCAGAGCUGAAGGAGGAACAUACGUCGCCCCCUCGACCUGAGCCCGAACCAGUUAAAGUGGAAGCUCCCGUUUCUGAACCACCUGAUUUAUUGGGUCUGGAGGAUCCUGUUCCGGCUGCCUCGGAGUUAGAUGAGAAGAAUGCUAUGGCUUUAGCCAUUGUGCCAGCAGGUGUUGCCGACCAACCAGGUUCCACUGGACCUAAUCUGUCAAAUGGAGCUACAGGCUGGGAAUUAGCACUUGUUACGGCUCCAAGCUCGAACGAGAGCACCACAGUCACUAGCAAAUUGGCGGGAGGGCUAGAUCUACUUACACUAGACAGCCUAUACGAUGAUGCAAUCAGAAGAAGUAACCAGAAUAUAAGCUACAAUCCAUGGGAACAAGUUCCAAUGUCCAAUCCGAUGAUGUCACAAACAGUGCAUGACCCGUUCUACGCCUCCAACAUGGUGGCCGCACCACCAUCUGUUCAGAUGGCAGCCAUGUUCCAACAGCAACAGCAACAGCAGAUCAUGAUGAUGGGCCCACAACAACCUGGGAAUCCAUUUGGAAACCAGUAUGGAACCAGUGGCUUUCCCCAUAGCUCAGGUAUGCCUUUUCAAGCCUACAAUCCUAAUAACGGCCUUUUAUGAGGAAUGCCUGGAAAAUAUAUUCUUUUGCUGGAAAUACGAGGACGAAAAUAAGAUCUCCAGUUGCGGAUUUUACGUUGGAGAUUGAUGAUUUGUAUCAUAUAUUGGAAGUGAAAUAGGCAGGUAUAAAAUUAGUUGUUCAUUAAGUAGAAACUUUUGUUGAUUGUUGAUUAUUCACAUCAUUGUUGGAAAUAAUGCUUUUGGGGUGUGCUUAUAAUUUUUCAAACUGCUUUUGCUCAAGCAGGGGUGUAUAACUUGUUGAUGUCGUUUUUUACUGUUCUGUAAAUCCUUGUAUUUUGUUUCUGAUUCAAGUAUUAAUAUAUAACAAAUACGUUCAGUGAUUCUA